AUGCCUUCUUACAUGGAGACUUGGAGGAAGAGGACUACAUGGAUUUACCACCAGGACAUAAUGCAACUCUUAACAAGAAAAAUCAGGAAGUAUGUGAUAAAUGUACUCACUAUAACAGGAAUGCUUAGAUGUAAGCUUGUUAACACACCUAUUGAGAUGAAUCACAAGCUGUGUGAAGAUAUGGACUGGGUGCCUACCAAUAAGGAACAAUACCAGCGCCUUGUUGGAAGGAAUGCAAUUGAUCGGAUCUUAAGAUACUUAAAGUCAGCCCCUGGAAAUGGACUAAUGUUCUCUAAGAAUGGAAAUCUUGUGGCUGUUGGAUAUACAGAUGCUAACUGGGCUGGUUACAUUACAAAUAUACAGUCUACAUCAAGUUACUUUACAUUCGUUGGAGGUAACCUUGUCACUUGGCGGAGUAAAAAAUAA